GAUCUUGGCUGGAUCUCCAGAGUUCGAGUCAAUCACCCUGCCAUCCUCCGUCGGGCAGAGCAGAUUCAGACUCGCCGAACGGUGAAGAAGGACUGGCAAGCCGCAUGGCUGUUGAAGGCUGUGACUUGUAUUGACCUCACAACUCUUUCUGGAGAUGACACACCAUCCAACAUCCACAGGCUCUGCUUCAAGGCAAAACAUCCAGUCCGAGAAGAUCUUCUGCAAAGCGUUAAGAUGGAGAACUUUGGUGUGCACACAGGCGCUGUGUGUGUCUAUCCAGCCCGUGUGCAGGACACAGUGAAGGCGCUGAAGGAUGCUGGCUGUGAUAUACCGGUGGCAUCAGUGGCCACUGGAUUUCCAGCCGGACAGACUCCCUUAAAGACUCGCCUGGAAGAGGUGCGCACAGCUGUAGAUGAUGGAGCUUCUGAAAUCGACAUUGUUAUUAACAGGACUUUGGUGCUUACUGGCCGUUGGAAAGAAUUGUAUGAAGAGAUUCGAUUGUUUCGAGAAGCUUGUGGAGAGGCACACAUGAAAACCAUCCUGGGCACUGGAGAGCUGGGCUCACUUGCCAAUGUCUACAAGGCCAGUCUGAUCGCCAUGAUGGCAGGUUCUGAUUUUAUCAAAACUUCCACUGGGAAGGAAUCUGUAAACGCUACUUACCCUGUCGCCUUAGUCAUGGUUCGGGCAAUUCGGGAUUAUUACUGGAAGACUGGCAUUAAGGUAGGGUUCAAGCCUGCUGGAGGCAUCCGCAGUGCGAAGGAGUCUUUGGUCUGGCUGUCACUGAUCAAGGAAGAGCUGGGCGAUGACUGGCUAAUGCCAGAACUUUUCCGUAUCGGAGCCAGUACACUGCUGGGAGAUAUUGAAAGACAGAUCUACCAUCACGUGACAGGCAGGUACGCAGCGCACCAUGACCUCCCAAUGGCUUGA